AUGGGCAAGGCAGAAACCCCGGUCUGGCGGUCCAGGUCAUGGCCUAAAGGCCGGGAGAGGCGGGCCGGGAGAGGCGGACCGAGAGAGCGGACCGAGAGAGCGGACCGAGGGAGCGGACCGAGGGAGCGGACCGAGAGAGCGGACCGAGAGAGCGGACCGAGAGAGCGGACCGAGGGAGCGGACCGAGGGAGCGGACCGAGAGAGCGGACCGAGGGAGCGGACCGAGGGAGCGGACCGAGAGAGCGGGCCGAGAGAGCGGACCGAGAGAGCGGGCCGAGAGAGCGGACCGAGAGAGCGGACCGAGAGAGCGGACCGAGGGAGCGGACCGAGGGAGCGGACCGAGAGAGCGGGCCGAGAGAGCGGACCGAGAGAGCGGGCCGAGAGAGCGGACCGAGAGAGCGGGCCGAGAGAGCAGACGGAGAGCAGACCGAGAGAGCGGACCGCGGACCGAGAGAUAUUAUUGAUAGUCGCAUUAACCUUCUUCUACCAAAAGAACAAGCAGGUCCCAUCAGGAUCACAAGUGCAGAGAGGUGA